AUGUUUUUUAAAUUCGAAAAACAUGUCUCGAUUCGAGGAUUUGAUGUUUUAUCGGAGGUUUGUUCUGAUCUUCCGAAUUACCCAAAUUAACUUCUGUCAAAACUUGAGGAACAAUUUUCAAAUCAGUUUGCUGGACAAAAUUCAACGAAACUUUCCAAAUCUGAGAAAUUUUGCAAAUUAGCCAGGUUCAAUAUGAUUUCGUAGUUCAAAGUUUCACUCUUUUCCCUGCAUUUUUUAAAAUAUCAAGAUCCUUUUUCAGAAAUUAGCAAUUAAUUAAACUGUCACUAUCAAUUUAUACCACUAAUAAUUUACAAUUGAAGACAGAUGGCCAUUUCAUGAGAGAAAACGACAUUUUUUUUGGAUCGCAAAAAUGUUUUUGGGCCAUCUGGUUUAUGGUUCUCUCAUGGUUUUUCUACACACACACAAAAAGUUCAUUCUUUGUCAAGGUAUACAUAUUUUAUUCAUUCAUUAUUUUUUGUGUGUUGCGCAACAAAACCCUUAUUCGCCCUCUCUCCGUCUCUUACCUCGGUGCAUAAAGUCCUCUGUCUUCUUCUCUCAAUCUCUCAUCGAUCUUGACGGAGAAAAAAACAAAUGCAUGCACCAACAUCGACUGACACCAGUUUGUGAGAAUUUUGAAAAAGCUAGUUUUUUUUUUGAAUUUGUAUGCAUCUCUUGAACUAAUUUUCUAGAUUCAACAUCUGGAAAAUUUCUUUUUUUUCUUGAAUUUUUGUUUAAAAAUCAAGUUUCCAUGAGUUGGAAAAAAGAGGAAAUUUGACACAUAUUUUUGAUAUAAGCCAGAUCUUGUUUCCACAUGAAACUUAAAUUUUUAAUUCGGGAGAACUUCUGAUAAAUAAUUGACCAAGAAUUUGAACUUGAGAUUUCUCAAUAAAAAUUGGUCUAAUUUCAAAUAGGCAAUAUUCCCAUAAAUAAUUGUUAAGCCGAUGUCAUAAAAAACGUAUUCAAAUCCAAAAACAAUCCAGUUUUUGUUCAGUGGUUUUGUUAUCUUUUUUCUCUUCUUUUUUCUCGUGAAUCUCAUAUUCUUUUGAUCUGUCAGCUGUUUUAGUUUCUUUCUUUUUCCUUCUCUUCGUUAUUCUUUUUUCGUUGCCCUUCUCCAUUAUUCAAAAAUGCAAAAUAUAAUUGAAAAUCUGGAGAGAAGCGCAAUUUGCGAUAGGCCAAGAAAAGAGAAGAAAAUAGUGGGAGAAGACGGCAACACGCUUCACAAAAUUAUUCCCUUUUUUCUCCGUCUUCUUCUCACAUGAGAGAAUUUCCACGUGACAAUAUACUCAUGUCAUCCAUCUUUUGAUCUAGGUUUUCUAGUUGACGAAUAAUUACAAGCAGGUUUUGAGAGUCUUUGAUACUUCCAGAUUGAAAUUGUGAGUUUUUUUUUCAAAAACUGUGUAAACAGGGCUAGAACUUGUUUUCUAAUUCACUUAUUUUUCCAAUGAAAAUGAGAAUUCAUACUUUCAUGAGUAAAUAUUAUAUUUUCUGGUUCAUCGAUUUAUUAUUUUUGUAACAAAUUUUCUAAAUUUUGCAAUUUGAUUUUCCCAAAAAAUUGUUUAUUCCAAAUAUUUCGACAAAAAAAUAUAGCUCAUGUGACAGAGAGGACAAAAAGGCCGUUAACAGGGGGCCUCCUUCUUCCACCUGUGCUUUUUUGUUUACUUUUUGUCUCGAGCUGUCUCUGUUUGAGCAUCCCGUCUGAUUCUCUUCUACCUUUUCUUUUCUCUUUUACCUCAACUUAAUCCUUUUUCCUCUAUAUCUAAAUUAAAAAAUAUCAAAUAUCUAGGAACCAAUUGUUAUCUGGAACAAUAAUACAAUUUAUUGCCACACAGAUAUUUAUGAUUAUUUCAUAGUUUUUACAGUGCAAAUAAAAAUGAUAUUUGUUUUGUCACCCAUUUUUCCCGCUAUUGUAUAAUUGUACUGAUAACAAGAUUACAAUUUUCCACUAUUUUCAAAAUAGGUCGCUUUAGCAAUCUGUGUUUUUUUUUCGCAUUUAAUUCGAAAAACGUCUGUCAUAUGAUAUUUCACUCGACUGUAUUCAAUCGUUUUGUCGAAGGCCAUUGCAGCGGAAAAUUUCGACUUUUUUGGCCAGUUUUUUGUGGUAUUUGUAUUUGUAUGUAAUAUACAUAAUAACGGUCGAUUAGGCACUUUUAGCAAAACUUUUAUCGAAUUGUUCAAAUAUUCGUAUUUUUUGUCAAUUUGAUAAAUCAAUCAAGGUCGUUGUUAUUUAUUUGUUAUUCUCUCUCUCUCUCACACUUCUAAAGAUUCCGAAUUUAUUUUCCCACUAUAGUGUAUUAUUUUUCUGCGAAUAAAAAACUCUAAUGGGGUUUUGUUUUUGUUUUUCUUGUGAGUACAGAUGUUCUCAUAAAUAAGAACAUUAAUAUAAUCCCCUUUACUGUUUGUUUUUCAUGUAUUAUUAUGAAAAAUAUAACAAUUUUUAAUUGAAUUGCUAAUUUUUUGUUUUGUUUCCCAUGAAUAUUUGAAUUUAUAUUCUUUCAGGUGAGAGAACUUUGGGGAAAACCGAAAACGGAACAAAUGUCAGCAGCAGCUGCUUCUGCAGCACCUUCAACUCCAAAUUCAAUAACUACUUCGUUGGUAGAAACAGUUAAUAUAAAUGUGGAUGAUUUUUCGGAAACAUUUCUAACUUGUAGCACGUGCCUUUAUACAUAUGACCAGGUUUGUUUCGAUUUUUGUCUCUCUACAUCUCUAAUUCUCUUCUUGAGAAUACAUUCUCUCAUUUCAAAUGCACAUUUUCCCCCUCCUUCCACUUUAGUAUUAUAAUAUUUUUUGCGCAAUAGACUUUUGAGAGUGCGAGUUUCCGAUUUUGGAGGGAAAAGGGGCUCGAUUUCAAAAUUAUGUGUAGAUGCAUAUUGUUUGUUUGGUGUGUAACAUUUGUUUUUGUUUUGUGAGUGAGUGAAAUAGCAAGAUUUAUUGGCUCACUUGAUAUAUUUUUCAAGAGGCAAACACUUUGAUACUAAUUUAUACAUAAUUACACAUAUUUGUAUAAUCUAACAUAAAUAUAUUUCACAGCUGGACAUCAUUAAAAAUUUAUUUUGCAACUUGAUAAGAAAUUUUUUGAUAAAAAAUAAUUAUUUCAGGAAUCAAGAAAAGCUAAACUUCUACCGUGUUCUCAUUCGGUCUGCCUGUUUUGUUUAACUCAACUUGUUGCACACGCUGGAAAUGUAAGUUUUAAGGGUCAUAAGAAGAAUAGUGAACCCACUAAUCUAAUUGACCAAUCUAGAAAAAAAUUCUAUAAAAUUUUUCAAUAAGUAAAAAAGUUCAGAAAAAUAGUUCAAAAUUUGGCCUCAAAACUAAUCCCUAAUGUUUUCGAUAAACUUUGGAAAAUUAGAAUUUUCAGACUGAACCACAAUCAUUGAGAUGUCCAUUGUGUCGUGAAGUUUGUGUCCUUCCACCUGGAGGGGUUUCAUCAUUGCCGGCUGCGUUUUUCAUUAAUCAAUUGUUAGAUGUGAUGCAGGUGUGUUCUUUUUUUGUUUAGAUACUAUUCACAGAUGUUCAAUUACAAUAGUUUAGAAACAACGCAAAGACGUGGUUCCAUCUUGUACAUCUCAUCCAAACGAUCAAUUAUUAUACUGUGAAACUUGUGAUUUAGUAUUUUGCGAAACGUGUACUUUUUCAGUUGUGAAGUGAGUUUCUUUUCUAAAUAUUUAUCCAAAAAAUUAAUAUUUCAGUAAAAAGUGUAAUGAACAUACAGUAGUUCCAUUAUCGAUUGCUCUGAAAAGAAUGUCUGAAAUUGUUGUUUAUCGAGUGAAAUCAAGACUUCGAGCAUUAGAAGCUGCUAGUAUUGCUGUGAAUAACGAAGUGAAUCAACUUGAUGGAAAUGUUGAUAGUCUUUCAGUACACAUUAAUAAUGUCAUGCAAGUAAGUAAAAAAAAACAAAUAAAGAUCAGUGUUUGUUUUGAUUGUUUCCCUCGCGUAUUGUCUAGUUCUUUUUUUUCGCUCGCGCUAUGCGUUCAUUUUCCUUCGCAUCUUUUUUUCUCUUCCACCAUCAAACUGUUUUUACAUAUUUCGCGUUGUUCUUUUCCUCUAUUUUUCCGAUAAUAAUAAUACCCUUUUUAGUUCAAUUAUAGUUAGCACUUUUCAUCAAUUAAUGAAAUGUUACCCUCCACUCGAAAAAUAUUAGACCCCAAAAAGUAGGUAGAUCACGACAAAAAUUGCGCGUAAAUUUCACUUUUUGAGUUCAUAUUUUAUUUCAAACAUUAUUCUUCUCAUUAUUUUUGUUGGGACUUUUAUUUGGGACCGAUUUUCGAAAUCAAAACGGUUGUAUACUCUGAUUAUAUUUGUUCCAGAAUUAAAAAAAACGAAAUAACUGAUACCUUUUGAAAUUAGAAAUGAUCAGAUAAGCCGUGAACCUUUAAAUUUAUUUAAGUAAAACGUGAUUUUUGAUAUUAUUGAAUUAAAAACACGUGAGAAAUAAAAAACUAGGUCAAGUGACGUGGAUUUAAAAACAGUAUAGGUAGCCAUGUCGUCAGUCGCGAUGACGACAUGCGUGUGGGCGACACGUUUUUAGAAAUGAAAAUUUGACAAAUCCAAUGGAAAAUAUCGAGAUCAACACGCAACGCAGAACCGCAUCGCAAUUGACGACAUGGCUACCUAUACUGUUUUCAAAUCCACAUCACUUGACCUAGUUUUUUAUUUCUCACGUAUUUUUAAUUCAAUAAUACAAAAAGUUUAGAUUCAAAUAAUUCGUGAUCUACAGUAACCAUUAUAUUUUUACCAUGUCUUUUCCACUUCAAAAAACGUUAAUUAUUCCAGGAACUCACAAAUUCAAUCGAAAACAAAAGACGUCGUUUAAUUGAAAGUGUUAGAAUACGAAGAGACGAAAAGAGAAAAAUUCUGAAGGAUCAAAUUGAAGCAAUAAACGACGAAAAGAAAAGGCUCGAAAAAGAAUUGGCAUCUGGAACACUUGACGUUCGAUCGAUGGCAAGAAAGUUGAAAGAUCAAGAAGCUGAAGAUAAUUGGCAACGUCAAAUAAUUGAACCAAGAGAAAACGCUUUUCUCAAAAUCAAUACAGAUUCAACUGUAAUGAUGAUGGAAAUUGAGAAAAGUUUGGAUGAAUUUGGAAAAAUUCACGCUUCUUCAACUUUUCCCGGAUCUUCAACAAUCGAAGAAUUUCAACAAAUAUCUGUUAAUAUUGAAAGUUCAAUUCGGCUAAUGUAAGUUUCUACUAUUCUGACAUUUUGAAAAAAAAACUUAUAUUUUCUUCAGAACACGCGAAGUUGAUGGAACUGCUCGUACAACAGGCGGUGAUCCAAUUGAAGCGAGUGUUACUUUCAAAAAUCCUUCUGGAGCAGAAAAUGAGGAACCAAAAAUUGAUAAUUUGUCAGUAAUUAUAAAAGACAAUGAAGAUGGAACGUAUGAUUUCAAUUUCAAGCCAACAAUUGCUGGCGAAUAUACGAUAUCUGUUAAAAUCUUUGGAAGACCAGUCAAAAAUAGUCCAUGGAAAUUUGAAGUAUCAAAUGAUCAUAUGCAUAAAUGGCAAUUGCCUGUCGAAUUCAAAUAUCCGACUAAAAUGGUGAUUGGUCCGAAUAAUAUUUUCUAUGUUCUUGAUUCUGGUAAUUGUCGAGGUAUGUUUCUUUUUCAAUUAAAUAUUUAUUAUCCAAAUUAUAUCAAUUCAAUUUCAGUUCGAAUGGUAAAAGAAAAUGGUGAUGUAAUCAAUGAUUUGGCAAAUGAUUCAAUGAAAGGUGGAACCGCAGUUGGUCUUGCUUUUAUAGGAAAUGAUGAACUUGCAGUUUUGAACUGGCAAUCAAAAACAUUGAGCAAAAUAAAUACGAGCAAUGAAAUUGUUCAAUCUGUACGAUUUUCCGAAUUCGAUACUCCUUUAGAUGUUUGCAUCGAUUCAAAGGGAAGAUUUAUUAUUGUUGACAGAGAAAAGGUGAGAAAACACAACUAGAAACUUAUGUUAAUUUCAAUUUAUUGUUACAGGUGUUCGUAUUGGAUAUCAAUAUGAUUCCAUCAUUCAGUUUCCCUUUGAAAAAUGCUCCAAAUGGUCGAGGAAAUUGUGUAACAAUGGGAUUGGAUGAUGAUAUUAUAGUUGGAACGUCAACUGAAUUAUUAGUAUUUGAUUCAGCUGGUAAACCUUUGCGUAAUAUUGCUUGUUAUUCACCAGAUGAAGAAAUGAUUUAUGGACCAAAUGCUCCAAGAAGAAAAAGUCGACGAACUGUCGUUAAAGCUGUUGCUUGUUGUAAAGAAAGUGGUUUAAUUGUAUCAAGUAUUGAAGAUCGACAGGGUGCAAGAAGUAAAUUUGUCGUCAAUAAUUAUAAGGGAACAUUUUUAUAUUCAUUUGAUUCACCAUUAACAAGGGGAUAUUUUGCACCUAAUGGAUUAUUAAUUCCAACUCAUCCUGAAAGAAAGGGUCAAAUAUUUGCUAUUGAUUAUCAUCAAUGUAAUGUCAGGAUGUAUCAGUUUAAAUAA